AUGGGGACUAACAACCACACAGGAACAGCAGGCCUAGGGAAAACCACAAUCCUCGCCCUCCUAGCCCACAACCCAUCACACAUCUACUUCUCAGGCCGCUCCCACGCCUCCGCCAAAGCCCUCAUCGACGCCGCCGCUUCCUCCACCUCUUCACCAAACCCUCCACCCCUAACCUUCGUCCCCCUAGACCAAACCUCCCUCCCCUCGAUCCGCACCGCCCUCAAGAAACACUUCACCCACACCCGCCUCGACAUCCUAAUUAACAACGCGGGCAUCAUGGCCGGCGCCGCCGGCCUCUCAGCCGACGGUUACGAGAUACAGUUUGCCACGAAUCACCUAGGCCACGCCAUGAUCGUUCGAGAGUUGCUUCCGAUUCUACUACGUACCGCUGAGGGGUCUGGGUCUGGGUCUGGAGCUGGAUCUUCAUCCACAUCUAGCGGCGGCGGUGCCCCGGCCGACGUACGCAUCAUCAACCUCACGUCCGUCGGGUACCAAGCCCACCCAAGCGACGGCAUAUCCUUUGAGACGUUGGGUACGACGCAAGCUGGGCCGCCGGUUCUGGGGCAGUGGAUUCGAUACGGCCAAAGCAAACUCGCAAACAUCCUCUUCACCCGCGAACUCGCCCGCCGCCACCCCUCCAUAACCACCCUCGCCAUCCACCCAGGCGUCGUCGACACAGGUCUAGUCACAAACCAAAGCCGCCUCAACCGACUCUUCGUCUACCUCCCGCAAAAGAUCAUGGGGUCCUCCGUCCUGACGCCGGAGCAAGGCUGCUGGAACCAGGUCUGGGCCGCCGCCGCGGCCAAGAAGACGGAUCUCGUGAAUGGUGGGUUUUAUAUGCCCGUCGGACACCUGGCGGAUGAUAAGCUGGAUAAGGUGGCGAGGGAUGGGGAGUUGGCUGGGAGGCUUUGGCAGUGGACGGAGGAUGUUUUGGAUCGAGUUGAGUGA